AUGAAUUGCCGAGGUAACAGAUAUUCUCGAAGUCACGUAACACUAAACCCUGAUACUGAUCGAAAGUUCUGGCAAUACAGCAUGCAUGAAAUUGGCAUCUAUGACUACAAGGCGGUUAUAGACUUUAUCCUACAGAAAACUGGAGUCAAACAAUUGAGUGUCGCUGCGCAUUCUGAAGGAACUUCUGCGUUUUUUGUAUUGGCAUCUCAAAGACCAGAAUACAAUAAAAAGGUUAGCGUUUUUAUAGCAUUAGCACCCAUUACUUAUAUCCAAAGUACUGGUCCUACACUGACUACCAUAUUAAAUUUGUCACCUAUUAUUAUCAAGAAGCUGAAGAUUUUUGAUGUUGAAGAAUUUGCAGGUUUUAACUCCUUUGCUAAGACAUUAACCGAUGCUUUAUGCUCACAAGGAAUGAUUGGUUACGAACUCUGUUUUAAUAUUCUAGGAAGUAUAACUGGCUUUAAUCCAGAAAAUAUCGAGCAGGAAUUCGCCUCUACGAUACUAGGGCAUUUCCCAGCCGGGACCAGUUUGAAAAACUUAAUACACUAUGUACAUGGUUAUCGUCACAAGAGAUUCGUACAAUAUGAUUACAAACUCAAUAAUUUUGCUGUAUAUGGUUCGUUUAACCCUCCAGUUUACGAUUUAAAGAAAGUGACCACAAAAAUAGCUUUGUACGCGGCUGAGGGUGACGAGAUUGUUAAGAUCAAAGAUGUAGAAAGACUGAGAAUAGAGUUACCGAAUGUGGUGCAUUACCAGGUGAUAAAUGAUAAAAAAUUUAACCAUAUUGAUUACAUGUGGGGUCGGAAUGCACACGUAGUGUUGUAUCAGUCUCUAUUUGAACUAUUAUUUAAAUUUAAUUAA